UUGCUCCUUCCCCCCUUCCCCGUCCGCCAUUGGUCGUCGCCAUUUUCCAAUCCCGCUAUUAAACUCGUUCCCCUCCCAAGAACCCGCAGAGCGCAGGCAGGCAUCUUCUUCCCCCUUCCUCCUCCCCUCUCCUCCGUCGCCGCCGCUGGCUUUCCUUCCCGCGAGCGAGGAUCGUCCCUGAUCCGAACUGGGCCCGCCCCCCGCCUCCUCCGUGCCUGGAGGUGAACCAAGCAAAUAUUUUCCUGACGGCAAGUUUGUUACAGACUGGCCUUUCCUUGGCUGAAUCGGCACACACUACUAACAUGGAAACAUACACCACGGAUGAUGCGCUUACAACCAUGGGAUUUGGAAAAUUGCAAGGACUUGUUCUUGUUUAUGCAGGCAUGGGUUGGGUUGCAGAAGCCAUGGAGGUCAUGCUACUGUCGUUUGUUGGACCAUUGAUUCGGGAGGAAUGGAAAAUCUCUGCCCAAGAUGAGAGUUUACUCUCAAGUGUAGUGUUUUUGGGCAUGUUAAUUGGAGCAUGUGGCUGGGGAUAUGUGUCUGACAAAUAUGGGCGAAGGACUGGUUUACUGUUUUCAACUCUGUUUACUACUGGAAUGGGUUUCCUAAGUGCUUUGUCUCCGAACUAUUUAUGUUUGAUGGCUCUUCGCUUUCUCGUUGGCGUAGGACUGGGUGGCAGCCAUGUGUAUUCAUCUUGGUUUUUGGAAUUUGUUCCUGCACAAAAUCGUGGCUUUUGGAUGAUUAUUUUUUCCUUUUUCUGGACUAUUGGCACAGUCUUGGAGGCUUCACUUGCAUGGAUUGUCGUAUCAACAUUGACUUGGAGGUGGUUGCUAGCAUUGACUGCCAUCCCUUGCUUUCUCUUGCUCCCUUUCUUUGGAAUCACACCUGAAUCGCCACGCUAUCUGUGUGCGCAAAAUAGAAUGUCUGAUGCAACACUUGUCCUGGAGAGAAUCGCCGAGACAAACCAAGCAGCUCUUCCGCCUGGAGUUCUCGUAUACCCUCGAGACGGUGAAGCUGAUCAUAGUGGUCUUACCUCUGAGGCAGAUCAUCUUCUUCCACUCAGAGAGAAGGAAUGCACAGAUGAUGAUGUCAUGAGCCCCAAAUCUGGUAGUGCUGCUGCAUUGCGCAGUCUACUGUCACGGAAAUUGCGCAGAUCAACUCUUCUACUUUGGUUUGUUUUCUACGCAAAUUCCUUUGCUUAUUAUGGACUAGUCUUGCUGACCGCACAACUGAGCAAUGCAAAUAGAAGCUGCGCAUCUGGGCUGAAAUACGUGAAGAGUGAAACAGAUACCAGCCUGUACAAAGAUACAUUUGUUACUAGUCUUGCAGAGAUUCCGGGUCUAAUUGCGUCCGCUGUUCUCGUUGAAUGGUUUGGCCGAAAAGCUACAAUGUGGUGCCUGCUCUUCACAUGCUGUGGUUUCCUUGGACCACUUGUGCUUUAUCAGAGUGAGCUAUGGACAACUGGCCUUCUGUUUGGUGCUCGUGCGUGUGCCAUGGGUAGCUACACAGUUGUAUGUUUAUACGCCCCAGAGAAGGGGAGCCUUGGCGCAGCGGUAAAGUUGUUGCCUUGUGUGAGUCCUGGAAACAGCCUCUUGCAGAAAUGCAGGAAAAGGCUGCGUAAAAAAGACCCAAAGUGGUCAGACCCUUCCCUUGCAAAAAGGACAGCGAAGCGGGAGCUACGUGCACCAGGCUGCCCUUUUUUUAAUGUUUCUUGUCACACUGUCAUAUUAUGACCAUUGUUACCUUUUUAUGUAUUGAAUUACAUGAACGGAGUGUCUUUCUAGACAGAGACAGACCUAUGCAAGGCCUUUUUGUCUCUAUAAUCCCCGCAUCAAACUCUUGCAAAAUGAUGGACUUCUCUAAGGCAGAAGAGAAGCAAGCAACCGACUGAGCAGCUAGUGCUGCUCACUAAUAUAAGAACGGUCAGAAGAACAUUUUACUUCCUAGAGCAUCCACCUUUUAGUUUCAUUGAUUUGCAUUUGCAAAUUUUGAGUUUAUUAUUGGGCUCGUUCACCACAGAAUUUUGAGCUUCGAACUUUCUUGAGGAUACUAGUGUUGUAUAGGUUUACAUUGGUUUGUAGGUAGCAGUGAUAAAGGAUUCUCCUUCCAUCAUUGUGGUGUUUACCCUACUUAUUUAGACCAUAAAUUUAAUAUAUUAACUAGUGACCAGUCGGAAUGUACCCAGGAUGUAAACAAACGGACAUCCUACUCCAUAGAUAGCUCUGGCUAAAUGAAGUCUACCGAUUCUGAUCCAUUUUCCUGACGAAAAAACAACUAAGUUAUGGCAUGGGGUCUUCCCCGUAUUAGGGUCUUGGCUAUGCUCUUAGCUGGGAACGCCUAGAAUGUUAUGACAAGGGUACAUCAGUUAUUGCACCAAAUUUUACCCAAAACAGUCUUGUGGAGCAGCUGUCGUAGAUAUUUCAUUGAAGGACUUUGUUUUUCCUAUGAACUAACUUAUUCUCUUGUCCUUAAAGGUAUACCCGACAUCUGUGCGCUCGACUGGGGUUGGAAUCGCGACCGCCAUGGGUAGAGUCGGUGGAAUUAUUUGCCCCCUUGUAGCCGUUGGGAUGCUGAGAAGCUGCCAUCAGAUGGAAGCCAUCAUUGUAUUUGAGGUGGUGCUAUUCCUUGCUGCAAUUGCCUGCAUGCUCUUCCCUUUUGAGACCAAGGGCCGUGCUAUGAAUUGAUGAUGGUCCUGGUGUGAACAUGUAAAACCACUUGGACCAUAAAAUCCGUCAUGCUGCUACGCGUGAACGUUUAUAUACAAACUAUUAUAUGUCUAGUAUUUUAGUGGACAUGACGAUGAAGAAUCCUCGAAAUUCAUUUCGGGGUUUCGGAUGUUAUUGGUCAUCAUUUUGUAAAGUCCUCGCUCCUUGAGACUGUAAGUAGGAGUAUGGUAUGGUAUGGUAUGGUAUGGUAUGGUAUGGUAUGGUAUGGUAUGUAUGUAUGUAUAAAUUCUUCGAACGUGAUUAAGUGUCUGCAACAGGCAUUUCUACCAGUAACAUUUGCUGAA